AUGGAGGAGGACGAUGAUGGGCGGAGCUCGCAACCGUCGACGGGGAGCUCGGACGACGUCAACGGGAGCGCGGCAGCGCCGUCGUGGCGGAGCGCGGUGGUGGAGGUAGCGACGGCGGCGGCGGCGGCGGGGACGGGGAGGAGGAGGAGGAGGAGCGGAGGAGGUGGACCGGGGGGGAGAGAGGACUGCUGGAGCGAGGGGGCGACGGCGGCGCUGAUCGAGGCGUGGGGGGAGCGCUACCUCGAGCUCAGCCGGGGAAAUCUCCGGCACAAGGACUGGCAGGAAGUCGCCGACGUCGUCAACGCCACCCGCCGCCACCACGACGGUGGCUACAGCGGCAAGGCCCCCAAGACCCACGCCCAGUGCAAGAACCGCGUCGACACCCUCAAGAAAAAGUACAAGCUCGAGAAGGCCCGCCUCUCCUCCUCCGCCGCCGGCACCGGCGGCGCCACCGCCGGCAAGUGGGUCUUCUUCGACCGCCUCCACCACCUCAUCGGCGCCGCCACCUCCGCGCCGAAGGCCCAGAUCCCGCCGCCGGUCCCCGUCGCCGCCGCCGCCCGAUCCUUGCAGCACCAUUUCCAGAAGAAAAAGCAGCUCCCCACCCUGGUGGGCGCCGCCGCCGCUGCCGCAGCGGCGGCUGCGCCGCCGUCGCCGGAGUCGUCGGAGAGCUUCCUGCCGGAGACGCCCAAGAACAAGAAGAGGGGAUCCCCUCCUCCGCCCCCCCUGACGACGCUCGCCAAGAGGGCGGCGGUGGAGGAAGAUCUGAGGGAGGAAGAUCUCAAGGAGCUGACCGGGGCGAUAAUCAAGCUCGGGGAGGUCUACGAGAGGGUGGAGACUUCGAAGCUGCAGCAGGCGGUGGAGAUGGAGAAGCGGCGGAUGGAGUUCACCAAGGAGCUAGAGCUGCAGCGCAUGCAGUUCUUCGUCAAGACCCAGAUGGAGCUCACCCAACUCAAGCGCCGCCGCCGCUCCAUCCCCACCGCCAUGGACAACAACAGCCACAGUGACAACACCACCUGA